AUGUACUGUAAUGAGUUUGGCCGCCUCAUGUUAGGGCUGUGUAGAUGGAAACAGAGUUCUGUCUGUGGGAUUCUGAGUUGUGCAGGACGGAGCGGGUUCAGCUGGACUGCGGUGUGUACACAGCGGGCUCUGGUUCUGCAGAGGAGUCGCUGCCUGGAAAGCCAGAAACAUGCCGUGCCCUGUCACAUUAGUGCUCGGUCAGCCUUCAACACCACAGUGGACCCCGAUGAGGUGAGGAGAUUCAAGUCACUGGCCAGCAAGUGGUGGGAUGAGCAGGGAGAAUUUGGAGCCCUACAUGCCAUGAAUGACCUGAGGGUGCCUUUUAUAAGGGACAACCUGCUGAGUGUGCACAGAGCACUGCAUCCUGGGAAGCCACUCUCAGGACUAAGGAUCCUUGAUGUCGGCUGUGGGGGAGGCCUGCUAACAGAGCCCCUAGGUCGCCUGGGAGCUAAUGUUUUGGGCAUAGAUCCAGUGGAAGACAGCAUCGGCACAGCCCAGCUGCAUUCUUCCUUUGACCCCGACCUUCAGGACCGGGUCAGCUACAGGGCCUGCACUCUGGAGGAGCUCUCAGCAGAGGAGGGGGAGGAGCGAGAAUCCAAGGAGCGAGGGCCGGCCCAGUUUGAUGCUGUCGUAGCAUCUGAGGUGGUGGAACAUCUGGCCGACCUGGAAACAUUCGCUUUCUGCUGUAGCCAUGUGCUGAAGCCAGGCGGCUCACUCUUCAUCACCACUCUAAAUAAAACCAACCUGUCAUACGCGCUGGGUAUUGUUGUAGCUGAGCAGCUCCUACGCAUUGUUCCCAGCGGGACACACGACUGGGAGAAGUUCAUCAGCCCAGUGGAGUUGGAGCGCCUCCUGGAGUCAAAUGGUUUCUCAGUGCAGUCUGUGGAAGGAAUGCUGUAUAACCCAGUAUCAGGAGCCUGGAGCUGGACUAACAGUACUGCCAUCAACUACGCCCUCCAUGCUGUUAAAGUGAGGGACAAUGCUAAGCCUGACCAGGCUGAGGAGAGCACCUCCCAUAAAGACCCCUCUGCAGCCACACAGAGCUGAGCUAUGUGACUGAAUAAAUCAGGACAUAGGAAAAUACAAAGUCCUGACUUCCUUGUGGAGGAUUGAGACCAAAAAGCAAAGAGACAAACAGUGUGGCGACAGUAUUAUGAUUGAACUGUAGUUACUGAUUUGCACAAAGUAACAUAACAUCGUACUGUUGUUCAAUGUUAAUCUCAAAUGGAUGCUGAGAUCUAUAAGACAACUGUGAGUCCUCUUACUAUGCCGUUCAGCAGCUUUAUAAUCUCAAAACUUCAGAGUUUAUAAUGUUCACAUUGAUCUGUUUAAGUGUACUCUAUUUAAGAUACUUUAUGUUCUAAGUUUAAUAUUAAGUGAUUUGCAACAUCCUCUAUUUAUCUUCUGCCUUCAAUCAUUACUGAAGAGUGAGACAACAACAAUAAAACGUCCGAUUUAUUUUCCCCUGGCUGCUUGGAUUAAAUAUGUUUUCAUGUUG